AAGAGGGCUGGUAUAUUUGUGCCUGCUGGAGGUGGAAUUAACAGUUAGAAGGAGAAAGGGAUUGAAUGGACUUACAGGAAGGUUUUCAAGUAAAUUCAGGGAAACACAUUUACUUGAAUAGUACAACCUUGAGUCUUAUUUUACACUAAGACGACACAAAAGAUGUUAAAGUUAUCACCAAGCUGCCGGACAAAUAUAUAUUCCAACACCAAGGUGCAGAUCAGCAUAGAUCUGUGAUUCAGAAAUCAGGAUUUGUCUUGGAAAGAGCUCAAGGGUUGAGAAGAACUCAAGAGCAAGUGAAGAUAACUUUGGGAACUACAGUUUAUCAGAAGAUCAACUUUCCUUGACUCAAAUACCAAAGGCCUGAUUACCAUAAAUUCCUAUAGGAAUGCAUAGGUCAUCUGAUCAAAUAAUUUUAUCCGUCUUCUGCUACAUCAAUGCAGCAAAAACUCUUAACAACUGUGGAUAAUUGGAAAUCCAAGUUUCAGCUUUCUUAGAAAUAACUACUCUUGACAUAUUCCAAAAUAUUGAAAAUAGGACAGGAAAAUCAGUGAGCAUAUUAUGUUCUGAAAUGUCACUGUCAUGAAGAAUAGGUAAAUUUGUUUUUUCAGCUACUGGGAAAACGCACCUCCUAGGAACUUAGAUUUUUUUUUUUUUUUUUUUUUAAAGAGGACAAGAAGGACUAAAAAUAUCAACUUUUGCUUUUGGACAAAAAUGCAUCUGACUGUAUUUCUACUUAGGAGUAUUGUGGGUUUCCUCUGGAGCUGCUGGGUUCUAGUGGGUUAUGCAAAAGGAGGUUUGGGAGACAAUCAUGUUCACUCCAGUUUUAUUUAUAGAAGACUACGGAACCACGAAAGACGGGAAAUACAGAGGGAAAUUCUCUCUAUCUUGGGUUUGCCUCAUAGACCCAGACCAUUUUCACCUGGAAAACAAGCUUCCUCUGCACCUCUCUUUAUGCUGGACCUAUACAAUGCUAUGGCCAAUGAAGAAAAUCCUGAAGAGUCGGAAUACUCAGUGAGGGCAUCCCUGGCAGGAGAGACCAGAGGAGCAAGAAAAGGAUACACAGCUUCUCCCAAUGGGUACCCUCGCCGCAUACAGUUAUCUCGAACGACUCCUCUGACCACCCAGAGCCCACCUCUAGCCAGCCUACAUGAUACCAACUUUCUGAACGAUGCUGACAUGGUCAUGAGCUUUGUCAAUUUAGUUGAAAGAGACAAAGAUUUUUCUCACCAGCGAAGGCAUUACAAAGAAUUCCGGUUUGAUCUGACUCAAAUUCCUCAUGGGGAAGCAGUGACAGCGGCUGAAUUCCGAAUAUACAAGGACCAGAGCAAUAGUCGAUUUGAAAAUGAAACAAUUAAGAUUAGCAUAUAUCAGAUCAUCAAAGAAUACACCAAUAGGGAUGCAGAUCUGUUCCUGUUAGACACAAGAAAGGCCCAAGCUUUAGAUGUGGGUUGGCUUGUCUUUGAUAUCACUGUGACCAGCAAUCAUUGGGUAAUUAAUCCACAGAAUAACUUGGGUUUACAACUCUGUGCAGAAACAGGAGAUGGACGCAGUAUCAAUGUAAAAUCCGCGGGUCUUGUGGGAAGACACGGGCCUCAGUCCAAACAACCGUUCAUGGUGGCCUUCUUCAAGGCAAGCGAGGUACUCCUUCGAUCCGUGAGAGCCGCUAACAAACGGAAAAAUCAAAACCGCAAUAAAUCCAGCUCUCAUCAGGACUCCUCCAGAAUGUCCAGCGUUGGAGAUUAUAACACAAGUGAACAAAAACAAGCCUGUAAGAAGCAUGAACUCUAUGUGAGUUUCCGGGAUCUGGGAUGGCAGGACUGGAUUAUAGCACCCGAAGGAUAUGCUGCGUUUUAUUGUGAUGGAGAAUGUUCUUUUCCACUCAAUGCCCACAUGAAUGCCACCAACCAUGCCAUAGUUCAGACCCUGGUUCAUCUGAUGUUUCCUGACCACGUACCAAAACCUUGCUGUGCUCCAACCAAGUUAAAUGCCAUCUCUGUGCUGUACUUUGAUGACAGCUCCAAUGUCAUCUUGAAAAAAUACAGAAAUAUGGUAGUGCGUUCGUGUGGCUGCCACUGAUAUUAAAUAAUAUUGGUAAUAAGAAAAAGAUCUGUAUUAAGGUUUAGGCCUAUAAUAAAAAGUAUACUUUCACACAAGAAGGGAAUUUCAUAAAA